AUGGACCCUGUAGUUUUGAGUUACAUGGACAGUCUACUGCGGCAAUCAGAUGUCUCGCUGUUGGAUCCUCCAAGCUGGCUCAAUGACCAUAUUAUUGGAUUUGCCUUUGAGUACUUUGCCAACAGUCAGUUUCAUGACUGCUCUGACCAUGUCUGCUUCAUCAGUCCCGAAGUUACCCAGUUCAUCAAGUGCACUAGCAACCAAGCAGAGAUUGCCAUGUUCCUUGAACCCCUAGACCUCCCCAACAAGAGAGUUAUAUUUUUAGCCAUCAAUGAUAAUUCCAAUGAGGCAGCUGGGGGAACCCAUUGGAGUUUGUUGGUUUAUGUCCAAGAUAAAAAUAGCUUUCUUCAUUAUGAUUCCCAUAGCAGAAGCAACUCAGUUCAUGCAAAGCAGGUAGCAGAGAAACUGGAGGCUUUCUUAGGCAGAAAAGGAGACAAACUAGCCUUUGUGGAAGAGAGAGCCCCUGCUCAACAAAACAGCUAUGACUGUGGGAUGUAUGUGAUAUGUAACACUGAGGCCUUGUGUCAGAACUUCUUUAGGCAACAACCAGAAUCACUACUGCAGCUACUCACUCCUACAUACAUCACAAAGAAAAGGGGGGAAUGGAAAGAUCUCAUUGCCAGACUUGCCAAAAAUUAG